UGCUAGUUUUCCAUAUAGUUCCUAGUGGGUUUAAGGAUGUAAUAUAAAACUCUCACCUUUGCAUACAGCUUGCGGAUUUCAGUUAGUGGUGCCGACGUUAGCCUUCCAUUUAAUGCGCUGACAAUGCAUUUUGUAAUAGAUUGAUUUGAUCUACUUUCUCGUUAAGGAUGUCUUAAUGAGCUCUGUCUUCCGGCAACGGAUCACGUUUUUAUGGGUCUAAAGUCUACUGUGGGCGGGGAUUGUUUCAAUAAUAUAUUUCUUCGGAAGAAAGAAUCUUAAUUUACGUUUCUUUCCUCUCUGGUAUUUUAAGCUAUUAACUCAGGACCAUGAAGCUGAUCAUCUUGAAUGAUUAUGACCAAGUCGGUGAGUGGGCUGCCAAGUACAUACGGAAUAAAAUACUUCGCUUCAACCCUGGACCAGCCCGAUUCUUCAUUCUUGGACUUCCUACAGGAGGUACCCCUCUGGGAUGCUAUAAGAAACUCAUUGAGUUUUAUAGAAAUGGAGAAAUCUCUUUUAAGUAUGUCAAAACCUUUAACAUGGAUGAGUAUGUGGGUAUUCCUAGGAAUCACCCAGAGAGCUACCAUUCCUUUAUGUGGAAUAACUUCUUCAAGCACAUUGACAUCCAGUCAGAGAACACCCAUAUUCUGGAUGGUAACGCUGCUAACCUCAUAGAGGAGUGUGAUUCUUUUGAGCAGAAGAUCAAAGCUGCUGGAGGAAUCGACCUGUUUGUUGGAGGAAUUGGACCCGAUGGGCACAUUGCCUUUAAUGAGCCAGGCUCCAGUCUGAUGUCCAGAACCAGAGUGAAGACCCUGGCUCAGGACACAAUCCUGGCCAAUGCUCGUUUCUUUGAUGGAGACAUGUCUAAAGUACCUACCAUGGCCCUUACUGUGGGAGUGGCCACUGUCAUGGAUGCCAGAGAGGUCAUGAUUCUCAUCACGGGGGCCCACAAAGCGUUUGCCCUGUACAAGGCCAUAGAGGAUGGGGUCAACCAUAUGUGGACAGUGUCAGCCUUUCAGCAGCACCCUCAGACUGUGUUUGUGUGUGACGAGGACGCUACUCUGGAACUGAGGGUAAAAACGGUCAAGUAUUUCAAAGGGAUGAUGCAUGUACACAACAAGCUGGUGGAGCCACUGCCUCCAAAGUAAAUGAAGGUAGUUGCAGAAACAUCUGGAACCCUGCAGUGGUCAGGGUGAAUGACGCUGGACCCUCACACUCCAGAAGAUGACAACGGGUAGAAGAUCCGUUGUCUGGUACUGUGGUUCAUCUUUCGUGGACAAACAUGAAGUUACACACUUCAACUGGAAUUUUACUCCUAGGCAACCAAAUGUAUACUGUGACUAUAACUUUGUAACAGCAAACCUUGUAGUGCAUAUAUGAUGUCAUAAAUCUAGAUAAUUUGAUGUAAAAUCUUUUUCAAAUCAGGUGUCUACAUUUACUGUUGUAGAAUUUUGUACGAACUUGACUUUAAAUGUAUUUCAAUGAGAAUCAUUCUAAUAAAACGACUUAAAAUAUA